CUAUAUACAUGUAUGUUUAUGGUCACGAGCCUUUAUGGCGUGGUUUAACAGACGCGUAAUCUUUAGGGUAACGUAACCUGAUCUAACCUAGCAUAUAUAUCGUUUGGAGUUGCCUCUUAGGAAAUUGAAACAUUCAAACACAGACUAGAACAUCCAACUUCAAUUUUUAGUGAAAAUGGAUAUUCGUCCAAAUAAUACCAUUUAUAUCAAUAAUUUAAAUGAAAAGAUCAAGAAGGAAGAAUUAAAAAAAUCAUUAUACGCUAUUUUCUCACAAUUUGGUCAAAUUUUGGAUAUUGUAGCUUUAAAAACAAUAAAGAUGCGUGGACAGGCAUUUGUUAUUUUCAAAGAAAUUGCGAGUGCUACAAAUGCCUUGAGAUCGAUGCAAGGCUUUCCAUUCUAUGACAAACCAAUGAGAAUACAAUAUGCUAAAACUGACAGCGAUAUUAUUGCCAAAAUGAAGGGCACCUUUGCGGAGCGUCCAAAGAAACCAAAACGAGUGAUUCCAGUGGCAGAUGAGGAAGCUAAACGUGCCAAGAAACGUGCGAAAGAGCAAGCAAAACAUUCGCAACAAAUUGGUUACCAUGCCAAUGUACCCCAACAUCCAGGACUUGUUAAUACUGCUGUUCCUGAGCAGCCACCUAAUCAGAUAUUGUUCCUAACAAAUCUGCCUGACGAGACAAGUGAAAUGAUGUUAUCAAUGCUGUUUAAUCAAUUUCCAGGCUUCAAGGAGGUACGGUUAGUGCCUAACCGACAUGAUAUUGCAUUUGUCGAAUUUGAAAAUGAAGUACAAUCUGGUGCGGCAAAGGAUGCGCUUCAAGGUUUUAAAAUUACACCUUCGCAUGCAAUGAAAAUAUCUUUUGCAAAGAAAUAGAUUUAUCAUCUUUUUAUAUUGUUUAUACUAUAAUAAAAUAGAAAUAAAGUGCAAGUUGUACUGCGCAAAGAUAAUUGUAGUCAUUGAUAUUGUCUUUGAUUAUCUUAUUACAUAACUUUGCAUAAUCUGAAGUAUUUUACAUAAUAUCCAAUGUUAUUUUGCAACAGAACUGAAUACAAUUUUCAACAUGAUUUAAUAUAUUGCGUAUAUUCCACGCGACAAGUUAUAUGAUUGAGAUUUCAACUUCAAAAUAUACGAAAAAAUUAUACACUUUAUUUAAACAAAAUUUUAUAUUCCAUUUGAAUGAUUUAUGUAAAAAUAAAUAAUGUGAAAAAGCAAAUUGCUACAAGA